UAUAUAUAAUUGAUAGUCUUUGACAGAAGAUAUGGUAUUUUACACCAAUUCUAUGUAAUGAGUUAAUUACGUAAGGAAUCGGAAUAAUAUUAUACAGAGAAUAUUUCUGAGAGAAAGCAUUAAUUUAAUUCCUGAAUAGUUCAAGAAUACGCCUUAUAGACCGAGAAGUUUGAUUUUUUAAUUUUCUCAUAAAAAGAUUAGUUCUAGCUCUUUACAACUAGGUGAUGAUAGUAUUUUCUAAUUGGUUCGCAAAUUAUAAAAAGAACUAUUUCCACCGUUGUAUGUUGGCUUGGAAUACUGUAUCUUUGUGCUGAGAAUAUUGUUCGUGCAACAAUAAAUAUGGCAGAUAUUUAGGAGAACCGUGUUUAUUUAACUGGUUCACCCUGUACAUACAUAUAUUGUAUCAAUACAUAUAUAUCGUGAACUGGUGCGCGAAGUUGAAACUAGUUCUUUUUUGUGUACAUAGGUAUAUGAAAUUACAUAGGAAUAUGUCUAUAGGUAUAUAUUAGAUCAAUGUGCCGAAAUUAGUAAUAAAAAAUAUAAGUAACAUAAUCUGAACAUAAUUAAUGAAAUAUGUAUUGCAUUUAUAUCGACUUCCGAUUUAAAUAUUAAAGAAAAUAAAUUUCAUUUAUUUGAUUUUAACAGCAGUGAAGCUUCUUAACCUAUUACAUAGAAAAAGAUUUAAAUAAGUCUGUUUUAGCAAUAAAUGUACAUGACAUAAUUAUUUGUCGAUAGUAUAGAAAAUUUAAAGUAUACACGAUGACUUCUAUUGUCACACGAACAAUUUCAUCUAAAUUAUGGAGAGAUUGGAAUGUUUUGCGACCAUUACCCUCAUAUUGCUCGAAGCAUAAAUUAUCCACAAAACCUGAACCACAACAAGAUAUUAAAGAUGUUUCAAACACAAAGAGUCUAGAAGAUAUAAAUCCAUUAAAUCAUCCAGAUUUUUUUCAUGUUUAUGAUAUGUUUACUGUCAAAGACUUGUUUGAUGCAAGAGUACAUUUUGGUCACAAAGAAGGUUCUUUAAAUGAUUAUAUGAGACCUUUUAUAUUUGGAUCUAGGCUAGGUCACUUAAUAAUCGAUUUAGAUCAAACUGCUGAACUUUUACGACAAGCAUUAAAUUUCACAGCCCACAUAGCUUCCAGAGAUGGAAUAAUUUUGUUCAUAGCAAGAAAUCCUCAAAUUUCUUAUCUUGUAGAAGAAACUGCAAAGCAAUGUCAAGAGUAUGCUCAUACAAGGUUUUGGAAGCUUGGAACAUUUACAAAUGCCACAUGUGAGUUUGGAGCUGUUACCAGAUUGCCAGAUUUGUGUAUAUUUUUGAAUACCAUGCAGUCUGUUGUUGAACAACACACAGCAGUGUCCCAUGCAGCUAAAAUGUGUAUUCCAACAGUUGGUAUUGUAGACACAAAUUGCGAUCCUAAACUUAUAACAUAUCCAGUUCCUGGAAAUGAUGACACACCUUGCGCCAUAGAGUUGUAUUGCAAAUUAUUUAAGGAAGCAAUAAUGAGAGGCAAGAAAUAUAAGAAUGAAAUGCUUGCAAGGGAUAAAAUAUAAUAUAAUUUCUGAUCGAGUACUAUAAAUGUGUAAAAAUUUUAUAAGUAAAUUUUUUAAUUAUAAAAA